UUGUUUCUUACCAUGCCCUAAGCCCGACGCCGACCCCUUUUUCCUCCUCCUCCACGGUUUCUUCUUCCCGAGCCUCCUCAUCUCCCCCAAACCGACGACGUCGCAUCGCGUCGCUUCCUCUUCUUUCUCGUGAUUAAUGCACUGGCCAACGGGAAACCGGGCACAUCUCCUUCUCGAUUUCCUUCUCUUCUCCUCUCCUCUCCUUCCCAACGCACUACCUCUGCCCUAAGCGUCUUCACCGCGAACUGCCAAAUUGUGCCGACGUUGUGCAAUCCAUCGCCAGCCGAGCCCUAGAUCCGUUUGACCCGCGUCGUCACCAGCCGAGCCCUAGAUCUGUCCGACUCGCGUCGUCGCCACUGUGUGCUGACAGCCGGCAUCGCCAUUCAUCCACCCGAGCAGCCGACGUCGAGGGAGUUGUUCCCAGCCGGCCCCUUUUUGUGCUACUCCGAUCAGGAGUCCUCGGAGAGUCACCUCCUGAUCACCUUGGUUCAUUACUGCCUUUCCUUUGCGCGAGGUCGAGUUGGUGAUGUUGCAGCCACCUGUUGAGUGAGAGUCGCUGUUGGAGUAGCGAAUAGCCAUUGGAGAAGGAGAAGGAGGCAGGGAGGGCUGCAGGUUCAGUCAGUAGCAUUACUGCUCUGCUGAAUUUAGGCUGGCAAGUGCUGAGUUGGAGUACUUGAGAGUGGGCAGUAGUUUUGCCUAAUUCUUACUGUAACUUCUGACUUCUCUAAUCGAGAGUCAACAGAGGUUGCAGCUGUGAUGAGGUUCCAGUCGCUAGUUCCCACUAGGUGUCGAGGUGGUUUUAUAUUAUCGGACUUGUGUUUCCUUGACAAAAAUCCUUAUUCUCUUUCUUAACCAAGAUGUCAAUCUUCUUCUGCCCUAUGUUCUUCAACAAAAUUGAAUGACCAUUCUCAAGAUUCAAGACAAUCUUGUGAUUCCCCACCAAGGGUCAUCUUCCCAAGUUCUUCAUCCUCAGUCUCGAGUGACUCAUCCUUCAGCCCUAUUGAGAGAUUGGUACCUUUAUUAUUUGAGGGGUCCUAGAUUUUUUUGGGGAUUUGAUCUUUCGUCGGAGACAUAAUAUAGGUUGCAGCUGUGAUGAGGUUCCAGUCGCUAGUUCCCACUAGGUGUGAGGUGGUUUUAUAUUAUCGGACUUGUGUUUCCUUGUUAGUGAACUACAUACUUGUGAUGUAUGUGUUUUGCACUUUGGAUUUUAUAUCGUGCUCGGGUAUGAUGCCCAUGCUUCUGUUGUGAAGGUUUUUCGUUGUGUUGUGUUUUCCUCGUUGUAGAGUAUGUUUUUACCAUUAUAACUGCGUGGUUGUGUCAGCCGGAGGUUGAAUUAUAUAAACUACGUGGAAUGCUUAUCUUAUUUCAUUAUAUUUGUUCUGGCCGUGUUGGCUGAGAUUUAUGAGCCCUGAGGGCUUUGUAGUCAGUUCCAGAUUGUCACCCAUACAGGAGAGAUGCUAUCGAAAUUUCCUCUGGCAAUGACUCCCCAGGGGCAUGACAUCCAUAUCAUGUUUUUCCAACAAGACCAUAAUGUCAAUCUUCUUCUGCCCUAUGUUCUUCAACAAAAUCGAAUGAUCAUUCUCAAGAUUCAAGACAAUCUUGUGAUUCCCCACCAAGGGUCAUCUUCUCAAGUUCUUCAUCCUCAGUCUCGAGUGACUCAUCGUUCAGCCCUAUUGAGAGAUUGGUACCUUUAUUUAUUUGAGGGGUCCUAGAUUUUUUUGGGGAUGUGAUCUUUCGUCGGAGACAUAAUAUAGAACACAACGACAAAGGAAAAUGAAACCCUUUUAGCCAUCAUAACAGCUUAUGUACAGGGCGAGGAUGUAGCCGCUAGAGGAAGAAUGUUACUAUACACUUUUGUUAACAAUGUUGACAGUUUUCAAAAUGUGGAAUUAUUAAUUAAAAUAGAAAGUCAAUUUUCAUUAACAAAAUAAAACUUUACUUUCUGAACUUGGUGUAAUUUUUUUUUUAGUUUUACUGUUUUUUUGUCUAACAGAUUUUCGAGGUUUACUUGAAAGAGUUAAAGGGUGUUGUGUCUGCCAUAGCUUCUCUCCAAGGUCAUUUGUUGGUUUCAUCUGGCCCUAAGACCUCCUUGCACAAAUGGACUGGUACUGAGUUGAAUGUUAUCACUUUCUAUGAUGCUCCUCUUUAUGUAAUGGAAUAGAAAACAUUGUAAGUAUGCUUUCUUUUAAGACUUGAACCUAACUAUAUCAGAAAGCUCGUAGGCAUUUGUUUCUGUUCCAAAAUUUUGGUACAAAAUUGCUUGAGUCAUAUAAACUUUAUAUUUAGUAUUCUGUCUUCAGUUUUCUGUACCUCUAUCAUUUAAGUUGGGUUAUUGUUAUUUCUGAUUAUUACAAUGUCUAUCUGCUAUCAUUAUUCCUCGAAUUAUGACCCAUUUUUGAAGAACUGAUUAAAACUCGCAGGAUUCAUCUCCCUUUUAAUUUUUAUUGCAUGGGCUAUAGAAAUGUGAUCAUUGUGAUUCAUGAAAAAUAUGAAUUUUGCAGGUCAAAAAUUUUAUCUAGUGGGAGAUAUUCACAAAAACCAUCUAUUUUUAAAUUGGAAAGAGCAGGGUGCUCAGUUGAACUUAUUAGCCAAGGAUUUGCUUCUCUUGAUUGUUAUGCAACUAAGUUUCUGAUAGAUGGAAGUACAUUGAGCCUUGUAGUUUCAGAUGAUAAAAAAAAUAUUCAGAUAUUCUAUAAUGCUCCAAUAACAUUAGGGUUGGAAAGGGCAGAAGCUUUUGUCUAGAGUUGAAUUUCAUGCUGGGGCCCAUGUGACAAAAUUCUUGAAGCUGUAGAUGCUCUCCAUCUCUUCUGAUCAAACCAAUAUAACUCCUGGUUAUGACAAGACCAACUGGUUCACCCUUCUAUUCAGUACACUAGAUGUGAGCAUUGGUUGUAUUGCACCAUUGGAUGAACCAUUCUGCAGACUUCAAACCCUGCAAAAAAAAAACUAGUAGAUGUUCCCCAUACAUGUGGCCUGAAUCCAAAAUCAUUUCAGUAGUUCCAUUCAAAUGGAAAGGCACAUCGUCCUAUCCAGAUAAUAUGGUUGAUUGUGAGCUUCUUUCCUAGUAAGGAUUCUUUUCUUCAUGCUUAUGAUGAGAAUAACUGGUAAAUUAGUUUCAAAGAUGUUAGGUAACUAUGGCUACUUUUUAUAUCAAAAUUAGUGCUGCUCAAAGUUCCUUUUUCCUGUGUUUUGAUGAUGGCUUGUUAAUCUAUAAUUUUUCAGGUAUAGAUUUAUUUGAUUGAUGUAUAGAUAAUAUUUUCUUUCAGAUCAGAUUUCUAUUCAAGUAACGUACAUGAUUAGGGUUGACAAAAAUCUCUUGAAACAUGUAGGAAAGCAAUUUUGUUACCCAAUUAUUCUUAUCAAAUUAAGUUUUAAGAGUAAAUGCUAUUUAUUACCCAUGAGAAAGCAAUUGCAGUGUAUAAUAUAUACAAGGAAAUAACAUUUUGAUGAGCCUUAUUUAGCAACACAGCUUGGAGAUUGGGAAAUAGGAUUAGGAAGGAGUUUGUGUUGUUUCUGAUUGGGUAGUGUUGAGUGCCCGAGUUACAUGCCAUGUUCUAUAGGCAGCAAACUGUUCCUUAUAGAAAUGAGUGGAUAAAAUUGUUGAUUUGGAGCUGCAAAUUAGCCAUAGAUUUGGUUUGGUGUGAUUCUUACUUGCCAUUCUAAAUGUUGUACAAUCUUUUCCCAUUUCUAGGUACGAAAUGCUACCACUAGACAAAUGGAUUGUCACGACUCGUUCACAAAUUCUUUUAAAUUUAAGUGAUCUUUCACUUGGCACAAGUUUCUUGUGAUUGAAUGUGCAUUUUAAAUUAUUGAGAACUUCUCUUGCAUCAAUCUAAUGUAAUGAACUAACUUUUCCCAUGGGAUACUUUGCCCAGUGGCAUGCUAAAAGGAGGACAACUUAGUAUUCUAACUGAUCAAGUGUAAUUUGACAACGGGCCCCAGUGAUCAAGAAUGUUUUAUUGUGGACCACUACUAUCAGACCCGAUACUUUUGAGUAUACUGUCAGGGUAAUAUGCUAAAAUGUUAUUGCCAUGUGUGUAAGUCUGAGUAAGGUGCAUUUUCUUUGGAUAGAAAUACUUAUCAAAUACAUUUAUUUGUUUAGGAUAAGUCAGUUGAUGUUCGUUAGGGUGUGGAGUCAUGUAUUGUUGAAGUUCUUAGAGUCUAUGGACACAAGGCAUUAUGUGAACCUUUUUAAAAACGUUUGUUCUAAUUUUCUUGAUGACAAUGAUGACAUGGAAUAUCACCACAUUUUUCCUUCUAAUUUUGCAUACUACCAAAUGUAUGAUGUGAAGGGACCUACUUUGACAAUUGUACUUGAGUGUAAGCCAUCUAGAGUGAUUGAAGAAUUUUCAGAUUCUACAAGAGUGAUUGUGUUGGUGAUUCGACUUCUAAGUCUACUAGAAGAAUGGAAAGCUAGUAUCAAAUGUUGGCAAUGAGUGUAGACCUAGCUAUAAGAUGACUUCAAUGGUGUGCUCUUCUCUCUAGUUGAGUGAUUGCUCUAGUGGUCUGACUUCCAAGUCUACCAUGAAGACUGGAAAGCUAGUAUCAAAUGUUGGCAAUGAGUGUAGACCUGGUAGUAAGAUGACAUCAAUGGCAUCAAGGGAUCAUGGAUCCGAGGUUGAUCAAACUAGAUUGAACUCAAAUCCGAGCUUGAAUGGGAAGAUCAAGCUUUGAAGCCACAUGAACCGUUCGUUCAAGAUUAAGAGAGAUCUGACAGAUCCGUGAAGAAUCUGAUCCAUCCAAGCAAAGGGGAAGUAGAUCAUAACCAGUGAUCAAGAUUUGAAGAUUUGGAUCAGAUUUGGAGCAAGUUCCACCGUUGGAUCGAUCUGGAUAAAUCACAGCCACCCGUUCUAAUCUUGAUCAGAUUUAAAUGGGAUGAGAAGCUACAGUGGCUUCGUCAACUUCUACAGUACCUCCUCGCGUCAAGAACAGAGGAGCGCGAUCCUUCUCCGGGAUUCCGAUUCAUUCCACCGUCGGCGAGCUGCUGAGGUCAAGGGCGUUUCCCUUCCUCCGAUCAUCGACCAUCUUCAAGUCGGCGACGUCAUUUCCCCCAUCUGAUUUCUUUUUCUGCCGUGAUUCAUGUGCAAAGAAGAAGCUGAGAGCGACCAGAUUCGAUCUGGUUUCCUGAUCCUUCCAACCGGCGACCUUCUUCCUCGAAGCUCUGUUAAGUGUUUGAUUUUUCCUUUUCUCUGAUCUUGAUCCAUUUCCAGCUGUGUUACUUUGUUUGUUUUCAACGCCAAGUUCUUCAUCACUGAGUUCUUCCUCCAAUACACAUCAGAUCCAAGCUAGGGUUUCCUAGUUUGAUUAGUUUCCUUAUCUUUGAUUGAAUUGUUGUUUUGUUGUAGUUGAUCAAUGCAUAGUUGAUUCAAAUUUCCUUGCUAUUGCUUUGAAACCUUCGGUUAAGGCCACUGUUCUUGAUUCUUGAUUCUACACAAUUUAGAAUUGCUUAAUUGUUGCAUUAGGUUAUUCUUGUUUGUCAUUUCUUUCAAUGCAGUAGUUUAGAUUAGUUAGCUUCUUUGUUUGUUAAUUUCCAUGAGUUGAAUUUACAAAUGUAGCAUAGUUUUAGGGCCUUACUUCUUCUCUUUGUUCAAAAGUAAAUUCUGAAAUCUUCAAUUUAUCCAGAAAACCCCAAGCCAACAAUAAUUGAUCCUAAGACUAUCAUCCUACUGUUUACAUUCGUUGGGAGACGACCCGAGUCAUCUCUAUGCUACAUUAGUGUAGAAUGAAUUCGGUCACUUAAUUCUUUUGAUACCCAUUUCACGACAAAAUCGGGCUUAUCAAAAUUGGCACCGUUGUCGGGGAAUGUAGCGGUGUUUGAUACCUUAGGAUUGUUUCUUUUUCUUUUCACAUAAAAAUUUGAAAAAAAAUUGUUGCAAUUGCUUUCAUGUUCAUAUAUCCAUGUGUUUUAUCUUAUAUGCUCCUGUAUCUUCUGAUCUUAUCUGCUAGUGUUUCAGUAUAAGAACAGGAAUUUCUUUGGCCAUGGAUCCAUAUUGUCAGUACUAUCAGCCUUAGACUUGGUUCUAUCAAUCUGAACAUCAGUACUACCCACCUGUGGAUUAUGCAAAUUUUAGGUCUGAGGUUGCACAUAGUCAGUCUACUGAGUCAUAUCCAUUAUAUCAAAGACCACAGGGAGUUCAAAAUGAUUAUAUAGCUAUGCGGAAAAAGAUUCAUGGUAUUCAACAAUUCGAGGAGGAGACAUUGCAUGAAUAUUGGAAAAGAUUCAAGGAACUUUGCUCCAGUUGUCCUCAACAUCAAAUUAGUGAUCAAAUGCUUGUCCUUCAUUUUUAUGAUGGGUUGUCACCUAUUGAUUUGUAUAUGGUGGAUAAAGCUAGUGGAGGGCCCUUGAUUGAUAAGAUUCCUGAUGAAGCUAUGAAACUUUUGGAAACCAUGGCUACCAACCCUCAACAAUUUAGAAAUGGACAACCAGUUACCAUAAGAGUUGAUGAGAUUAUUCCUACGGAUGUAGAGGUGCCUGAGCAGAGGAAUUGUAGUGUUUUUGACAGACCUGAUCUUGAUUUUAUUACUUCACAGGACUCCUCUAAUAUUUCUUGUUAUGAUUCUGUAGUUGUAAGAAUUUCUGACUCUACUGAUACUGUUUUUGUAGAUGUUAUUGGUGAUGCAAGUACUGAUGUAGAUGAUGAUGUAAGUGUAGGGGAUUGCAUAUUGGAAGCAAUACCCCAAGAAUCACCUGAACCAGAUGUUGAUGAUGAGAGUGUAGGGACUUAUGCUGUGAAAGCAGAGCCCCAAGAAUCACUUCCCUUAGAUACACUACCUGAGCCAGAGUCUGAGCUAUUAUCUGAUGAUGAGGAGGUCACAGUCACCAUUUUAGAACCUCCAGGUACCUUCCAACAUGACAAGGUUAGUCUUUCUUGUAAUUCAUUAGAAGAUUUUAUAAAGGUACCAUUAAUUGAUUUUGUUGGAUGUGAUAUAUUCUUUGGACCAUGUAAUGUAAACACUAAUAUUUUCCCAUACUUGCAAGAGGUGUUGUCUUCCUUUGGCUUUGUAGGUCGUCGUAGGCUUCCAAAAUGGUUGUUCCAUCUAAACCGCCUCCGACCUCCAGGAAGAAUUUUCAAAGGAAAAAUGUUGGAUGAAGUGGACUUGACCUCAAUACACAAUAUUCCAUUUCCAAAGUGGAUUUUGCACCUUAACCGACUCCAACCACCAGGAAAGACCAUUUCAUUACCGGCAUGGAUUCUACUUCUGAACCGUCUUCAGCCGCCAGGAAUAAAGGGGAGUUCGUUCCUUGUUUUUUUUUUUCUUUUUGUUUUCCACUUUCUUUUACUUUUAUACUUUACAUUUGCAUUGAUUUCAUAUUUUGCACUUUGUCUAGUCUACAUAGCAUUUUAUUUUGAAUAAAAUUCUCCAUGAAAUUGUUCUAGUAAUACUUUUAAGAUGGUAAAAGUUUUUUUUUAAGUUUGACCAUCAAUUUUUAGGUCAAUGGACAUGAUUGAAUACUUUACUUACAUGAUAUUGGUUAGUGUGGUGGUGGAUUCCAACUUGCUUAAUUGAGUAGAUUGCAAUAAAAUACCUAGAGAGGACCACUUUAAUCCUAAACACUAUUUUAUCUUUGUGUGGCAUGUACUCAUAACAAUUGAAACUCUAGAACUUGCUUAGUUUCUUUUCAAAGUCACAAUAGCAUAUGUGUGCAUGGAGAUGAAGGAUAUUUUUCAUUCUUGUUCCUCCAUAAAUUUUAAAUUCUUCCCCACAAAUUUUCUUUAACAUUCUCAUUCAACAUUUUUUUUCCUUGAUCACUUUGCCUUGUCUUCAUUCCAUUGGGAGUAUUGGUUGAAUUCUUGAUGAUUUGGAUCAACUAGAUGACAAAGGUUUUAGUGUGGGGGAGGACUGGUAUAUAUUUGAAGAUGUUGAAGGUUUUGGAUGGCUUCAUGAGAAUUGACCUUUGAUUUUUUUUUGAAGCAUGACAUAUUGAAACUGAAUUAAAAUUAAGAGUUGGAAUUGAUUGAAGAUAAAUGCAGAAAUUCAAGAGUAGCUGAAUUGUUUCCAUUCUGUUGCAAGAGCAAGCUUCUAAUCUGCAACAAGCUACAAACUCGAGAUCUGAAAUCCUCACAACUUAAUCCUGAUUGAUUUUAAAUAGAUUGCACUUGAACCACAAAUCCAGAAAUUAUAGUUGAAAGGAGAGAAGUGAACAAAACUUCAGGAAAUCAGUUUGAUAUUUAAAUUUGUAUACUGCAUGUGGAGCUGUGUUGAUUGAUAUUCUGAUUUCUGAAAUAAAUGCAGAAACUUACAAAAUCUGUGUAACAUGUUCUGUGCAAACCUAUUGAAAAGCUGUCAUUUAAGUUGAAUUACCUUGAUUGAGUAUAUUGUUCUGAUUGUUGAAACUCUAUGAAAGAAAAACAAUAUUAAGAGAUUCUUGUAUGGUGCAGCAGUGUACAUUUGCUGUUACUGGAAAGCAAGAAAGAUCUACAUGUGAAGGGAAACUAAAAUUCAGUUUUGUUUUCAAUUCUGAAUUUUGUGCUGUUGUGCAGUUAUUUUAGAAUGCUUCUGAUGGAAAAUUGGAUCUAUAGAGUGGUUAAAAGGAGUUCAUAAGCUUGCUGAAUUUCAGAUAAUUGGUGAAAAUUUACAUUUCUUUGUAUCAUGUUGGUAUCAAGGAAUCCUGUUGACUUUUGUAAGAGCUAAGUUAGAAGGAAGAGGAAGGAGUUUGCCAGCAAUACAGAAUUGAAUUCUGCAAAUCUGUGAAUGCAUAAUUGAUAUCUUGAAAGUCAGAUUUUGCUGGAUUAUUCAACAGUAAGGAAACUGAGAAAAAUGUAUCAUUGAUAGUAUGUGCCAAGUUCUCAUUUGCGGUUUCUAAGCAGUAAAAGUCCAAGUGAAGUUCUUGAUCUAUGCACUGCCAAAUAACAAUCUGCAUGCUGAUUUCCUGGUGAUUCUGGACUAAGGAUAUGGUGUCACCUACUUCCUAUUCUUAGACAAGAACAAAAUCAAACAUUGUUGUUAAGAAAACCAGCUAUUAGUGAAGGUUGUAUCUGCUUAAAUGCUGGUUUCACUAAACUGUUUGAGCUGUUUCAGAACUUUGAAUCUGAGUUCUGAGUUCUGAAAUUCUGUUUCAGAAAUUGAUUAGCCGGCAGCUUAAAUUCUUUUAGAUUUUGUUGCUGGAACAUAAGUUGUAGAAUUAGUUGAAGUGGUAGGAGCUUUGCUGAGUGUUGCUGAAUUCUGUGAUGCAAGAUGUUGCUGAGCUUGCAUCUUGAAUGACUGAAGUUUGAAAAGCAUGAAUUCUGUUCUGAUCAGGAGCAAGAAUUCACAUGUGUUAUGUGCCAACCAUUUCUGAAAUUCUUUGUAUGAAGAUUUCCAUGGCACAGGGCAUGUAGUUUUAGUGGAUUUAAUUUCUAAUAAUGCACAGUUUUUAUUAAGUCCACUCCAAACUUUUGGAUCAAUGAGCAGGAAGCUGCUGUAUUGUUCUGAAGUCAGAAUUUAUAAUCUUUUGAAGUCAAAAAUGAUUGUUCGAAAUUUAAUUCCAGCUGAAAGUGCUUAGGAAGUUGGAAUUCAGAGAUUCUGAAGUUCCUGAUUUUGAGGAAGCUGAAUUGAGGAGUUCACUAACUUCUACAUCAAUCCAACUGUGGAAAAUUUUAGAUAUGAAUCAUAUUCUGUUUCUGGAACAGAGCUUAAGAAGCUGUAAUUUGUUGCUGCUGAAGAUUUGACUUGCUGAAUUCUGCAAUUCUGAAUCCAAAUGAGAACAGCUUGAAUAAGGAUUCAUUUUGUGUAGCCUUUGAUUAUUGAAGAACUGAAGUGAAGCAUUUAAUUACUGACAAAAGUAAGAAGAAUGAUUAUGAAAUAGUAUAGGGAUUCUUAAAAGGAGCUGUGAUACUGAAACUACAGGGAAUACAAAAUCUGUAGCAGCAGAUGUUAGGGUCUGGAUUCCAAUUGCAGAAACAGAAACAUUUUAUGAAUUUGCUUGCAGAAGGAAAAAGCAGUAAGCAAGUAACAGAAUUCAAUUCUGAAGGCAGAAACAAGGGAGCAGGAAUAGUAAAGGAUGAAAUGUGAAUUUGUAUCAGGAUAGUAUCAAAAAUCUGUGGAAGAACUUCAAAAUAAUUAUGAACUCAAUUGAAGCUCUUGAAUUUCAGUUACAAAUGGUGUCCUUGUGUUUCUAUGUCUUAUGUAAAAGGAAUAGACAGAUUUAUAUAAAUCUGUGCUGUAAGCCUUUAAUUCCUUGCUGAGUAUGAAUUUGGAAUCUCUGAAAUUUUGGGAUUUAUAUGGAACAAGUGUGCAGCAGAGAAUUCUGCAGCAACAAGAAGCCUGGAAAUUUUGUAUCACUGCCAAUGUGUGCUGCUUGAAGCUGAAUUCUAGGAAUUGUGAGUUCGGUUGAGUUGCAAGCUGAAUGUGAAUCAGGAUCCAAUUCAUUAAAUCAGAAACCUGCAGAUUUCUGAUAAAAGGAAGAAUUCAGAAGUCAAUUUGAUGUUGUGAAUUUCUGAAAUGCAGAAUUUGAAGUAUGGAAUUUAAUCCAGAAAUGUUUAACCAAUUAUAAUGGAUGUGGAAUGCCUAUUUCUUUGUGAAGCUUUCUUAACAUGAAGGAACUUGAAUGCUGGGUUCAUGGUGCUGCUGUACAUCAAAUACUAGGUGGUUCGAAAAUUCAGUUUUGGAAUGCUGUAAGAAAUGCUGUGAAAAUGUGUUGUAGACUUUAUUGAUGCUGUGCUGAAUGAUGUUGUUUCCAAGCUUAUAUCUUCAUGUAUCCAUUUAGGAUCUCUUUGAAGUUUUAGUUCUGAAUUUGAGCUAUAGAUUUUUGACACAGAAACAGAGAAAGAAGAAGAAUAAAUUCUGCAGAAUUAAGAAUGAAAAAGAAAGAGGCUUUUAGUGUGUUAAGUAAGUGGAUGCAUGUUGUGUUUUAUUGUCCGAGACGGACAAUACUUUAAGUGUGGGGGAGGGAGUUAUUCUUCAUGAGUUGAGAUUAUUUUUGAAGUUUCAAAGUGCUGGAAUUUAAGUGUAGAAACAGUGAGAGAAAAAUUUUUAGCACAUCAAAAGAGUGUAUCAAAGGUGAAGAAAGAGUAUCAAGAUUCUUUGUUGGUCAUCAAAUUGAAGGAGAGGUUAGCUUGAUACUUUGAAGUGGUAAUAACAAAUGGCAUCAAGGGAUUAUGGAUCCGAGGUUGAUCAAACUAGAUUGAACUCAAAUCCGAGCUUGAAUGGGAAGAUCAAGCUUUGAAGCCACAUGAACCGUUCGUUCAAGAUUAAGAGAGAUCUGACAGAUCCGUGAAGAAUCUGAUCCAUCCAAGCAAAGGGGAAGUAGAUCAUAACCAGUGAUCAAGAUUUGAAGAUUUGGAUCAGAUUUGGAGCAAGUUCCACCGUUGGAUCGAUCUGGAUAAAUCACAGCCACCCGUUCUAAUCUUGAUCAGAUUUAAAUGGGAUGAGAAGCUACAGUGGCUUCGUCAACUUCUACAGUACCUCCUCGCGUCAAGAAUAGAGGAGCGCGAUCCUUCUCCGGGAUUCCGAUUCAUUCCACCGCCGGCGAGCUGCUGAGGUCAAGGGUGUUUCCCUUCCUCCGAUCAUCGACCAUCUUCAAGUCGGCGACGUCAUUUCCCCCAUCUGAUUUCUUUUUCUGCCGUGAUUCCUGUGCAAAGAAGAAGCAGAGAGCGACCAGAUUCGAUCUGGUUUCCUGAUCCUUCCAACCGGCGACCUUCUUCCUCGAAGCUCUGUUAAGUGUUUGAUUUUUCCUUUUCUCUGAUCUUGAUCCAUUUCCAGCUGCGUUACUUUGUUUGUUUUCAACGCCAAGUUCUUCAUCACUGAGUUCUUCCUCCGAUACACAUCAGAUCCAAGCUAGGGUUUCCUAGUUUGAUUAGUUUCCUUAUCUUUGAUUGAAUUGUUGUUUUGUUGUAGUUGAUCAAUGCAUAGUUGAUUCAAAUUUCCUUGCUAUUGCUUUGAAACCUUCGGUUAA